UGUUUUGCAAAUGUUGUUGCUCUUUACCUGACACUCUCUCUCUCUCUCUCUCUCUCUCUCUGCUACCAACCUAAGGAGACAGAGAGAUGGGAUGUACGGCCUCGAAACUCGACGGCGAAGAUACAGUUCGCCGUUACAAAAACCGCCGCCGUCUGAUGAAAGAAUCCGUCUACGCUCGCCACAGUCUCGCCGCCGCUCAAGCCGAUUACUGCCGGUCACUUCGCCUCACUGGAUCUGCUCUUUCCUCAUUCGCCGCCGGUGAGCCUCUCUCUGUCUCGUACCAAACUCCAGCUGUCUUUCUCCAUCAUCCUCCUCCUCCACCUUCUCAACCAUCUCCGACCAACUCUAAUUCUAUCCCUCCACCACCACCUCCUCCUCCUCCAAUCAUCUCCGCCUCUUCAAGUCGACGAAGGAGACAGCAACAGCAUCAACAGAGACCUAAGCUGCCUCAUAUCCUCUCCGACUCAAGCCCUUCGUCGUCUCCGGCGAGUGAAAGAUCCAAUUUUUAUCCGAGAGCUUAUCAAAACUCAACUUACUCAGCUACUCCUUCCCACGCCUCCUCCGUCUGGAACUGGGAGAACUUCUACCCUCCUUCUCCUCCAGAUUCAGAGUUCUUCGAUAAGAAGGCUCAAGAAGAGAUACUGAAACAGAGAGAAACAGAGAGAACAGAGCAUGCAAGUAAGAAGAAGAAGAGUGUGGUGGAUGGGGACGAGACGGAGAGAGAGGAAGUACAGUGUGGCUCAUGGGACGUUCAAGAUCAUUACAGCACUACUAGCUCCUCGGAGGAGGAAGUGGAAGAUGACAAUAUGGAGUCUGUUUCAGAGGUCGGAAGAGCUAGUCAACAGCACCACGACGGCGCUGAGAAAGGAAGAUAUGAUGAUAAAGAAGAUGAUGCGACGACGUAUUGCGGUAGCUAUAGAGGCGGAGGCGGAGGCGGAGGAGGAGAUGUCGCCGUUAGGCAUAGGGAUUUGAAAGAGAUCGCUGAUGCCAUCAAGGAGUAUUUCGAUAAGGCGGCUGCUGCUGGGGACCAAGUGUCUCAGAUGCUUGAGCUUGGAAGAGCUCAGCUUGAUGGGAGUUUUAGACAGUUGAAGAAAACUGUGAUUCAUUCGAGUAGCAUACUAAGCAACCUGAGCUCAACAUGGACUUCAAAGCCGCCAUUAGCAGUCAAGUACAGGCUAGACACAACAGCACUGGAUCAACCAAACAGUCUCAAGAGUCUCUGUUCCACUCUCGACCGUCUCUUGGCGUGGGAGAAGAAGCUCUAUGAAGAAAUCAAGGCUAGAGAAGGUGUGAAGAUUGAGCAUGAGAAGAAGUUAUCACAACUUCAAAGCCAAGAGUAUAAAGGAGAGGAUGCAGCUAAGCUAGACAAGACAAAGGCUUCCAUAAAUAGGUUACAGUCACUUAUAAUUGUCACAUCUGAAGCUGUUACAACCACAUCUACGGCCAUUAUCCGUCUCCGUGACAGUGACCUUGUUCCUCAACUCGUUGAACUCUGUCAUGGCUUUAUGUACAUGUGGAAAGCGAUGCAUCAAUACCACGAGACACAGAACAGCAUCGUGCAGCAAGUCAAAGGACUCAUCGACAGAUCAGGUAAAGGAGAAUCAACUUCCGAGCUACACAGACAAGCAACGCGCGACCUCGAAUCAGCCGUCUCUUCUUGGCACUCAAGCUUCAGCCACCUGAUAGAGUUCCAGCGCGACUUCAUACGCUCAAUUCACUCCUGGUUCAAACUAACCAUCCUUAACAAAGAUCCAACAGACGCUUACUCCUUCUGCGAGGAGUGGAAACUCGCGUUAGACCGCGUUCCCGACACGGUCGCAUCCGAAGCGAUCAAGAGCUUCAUCAACGUUGUGCAUGUCAUAUCAGCGAAGCAAGGUGAUGAACACAAGGUGAAGAAAAGAACGGAGUCUGCGUCAAAGGAGCUGGAGAAGAAGGCUUCGUCGCUUAGAAGCUUAGAGAGGAAGUAUUACCAGUCGUACUCGAUGGUUGGUGUCGGUUUGCCUGCGUCAGGACCUGAUAACCAGCACGUGUUGGAUGCUAGAGACCCGUUGAGGGAGAAAAAAACGGAGCUGGCGGGUUGUCAGAGGAGAGUGGAGGAAGAGAUGGUGAAGCAUUCGAAGGAGGUAGAGGUGACGAGAGCUAUGACUUUGAAUAAUUUGCAGACGGGGUUGCCCGGUGUGUUUCAGGCUUUGACGAGUUUCUCUGGUUUGUUUGUGGAGUCUCUUGAAACGGUGUGCACUCGCUCGCACUCUAUCACGUAGGAUUUGUCUCUGUUGUGAUUGUUUUACUAACUCUCUCGAGUUCGAAUCUGACAAUUGUUCACUUCUUGUAUGAAAGUGAAACCACAUGAUUUGGUUUUGUAAAAUAGCGAUUUCACUCUUGUCUA